CCACAUUUUACCACGGGGAUAAAUCUCCAGGCGUCGUGCCGAUCAACUGCGCGUGUAUUCCGCGCUAGAUUCUAUUGGUGUGAACACACCGACUAUACUAUCCGCUCCAGCUUGCUGACUGGCACCGGCAGACCGCAUGAAGUGUGUUUCUGCGCAUAAAUUUCACGCUGUUCUUCGCGCGAGCGGACAUAAAAACCGUCGCGCGCGUCUGUAGCUCUAUCGCAUGCACCAACAUGCCUGCUUCGUUGGAACAGUGGAGAGCAGCAGUAGGGACGUGGAACAGAUGUCUGUCAAUGCAACCUCACUACAGGAAGGAUAACAUUGGCGCCGGACCCAGAUUAGUCGAGUGGAGUCGGACCAAGUCAUGCGGGGGGCUGCUGCUGAUUAUUCUUGCUCUUUUUUAUGUUGGAAUAAUAGGUAGUAAUUUAGCAAUAGCUGGUCAUAGCUGUAACAUUCUAGGACGCUUACCAGACGGAAACGUCGGCAGUACUCCGAUGCAAUUAGACUCCCUUUUUGUUAUUCGAUGGGACUAUAUUUCAAUCGUCGCUAAAAGACUGCUAAUAAUAUCUGGAGAUAUUGAAGUCAAUCCAGGACCCUCUAUGAAUCUCAAGAUGUUGUUGAACCUGCUGCAUGAAGUGAGGGCAAAAUGGUAUGCCAUUGGUAUCCAGUUGGACAUCAGUACGGGCACACUGGAUGCCAUCAAGGCUUCAAACACUGACUGUGGUGUCUGCCUUCAAGAAAUGAUAAAGUACUGGUUGAGCACCAAGUCACAUAAUGCUACUUCUGAUGCCUUGCUAGAGGCACUUGUCAGUGAUACAGUUGGCGAGAACACUCUUGCUGAAAAAGCCAGACACUUGCACCUAACCCUAAACCCCCACGAAGGAGAUGGUGUAUCCGUGGCACGAACAGACAUGGCCAUAGAACACAUCUGUAGUGAUAUGGACCUAAGAGUAAUCGACUGCGAAUGGACUGGAACUAUAUUUGGCAAGGUUCAUUUGGGACUGUGCUUGAAAUGAAGUCAAAACAUAGUGAAGAGGUUUAUGCUGGUAAGAAGUACCACGAUAUUCCCCGCCCAAGGCAACAGUUCCUCAAAAGGCUUUGUGGUCACCUUUUCAUCCUUUGCAAAAUAAAUCAUCCAAACAUCGUGCGGACGGUUGGCAUUACCUUUGAUGAUGACAACUCUCCAACUGUCCUCAUGGAGUGCAUGAAGACAACCUUUCAAGAUUAUAUUCUCGACCAAAAAGUGUUCCCUGGAAUCCCUGCUUUAUCUCUUGUCCAAAAAACAAAGCUUCUCUGUGAUGUAGCAAAUGGACUUAGGUACCUCCACAACUGCAGGCCUGUUAUACUCCAUAGGGACCUAACGGCUACCAAUGUCCUUCUUGACUCCACCCUCACUGUGGCAAAGCUGUCAGACUUUGGGAAUGCCCGUGCACUGAACCUCACGUAUGGAUGUACCCCAUUCACAAGUCAGUCUGGCACAGAGCCCUACAUGCCCCCAGAGGCACUGCAAGUAGAAGGCUCGUUUGACGGCCGUUUCGAUGUGUUCUCAUUCGGUCAUCUGAUGCUGUUUACAAUCACUGGGGAGAUCCCUACGUUAUUGGGAGCUACGUAUGUGGAUGAGAGCGGCAGUAUUCAAGGUCGCUCUGAGCUUGACAGACGAAGGAAACACGUCAUCAAGUGCCAGAAACAGCUUGGACACAACCACACCCUCAACUUGCUAAUGACAGGGUGCCUCCGUAAUUUGCCUCAAAAGAGGCCAACUGCAGAGGUUCUGGUCAAGACACUGGAGUAUGUGAUGUCACAUGAUGACAGUGAGAGUAAUAUCCAACUCCUACUACAACUAGGACUGCAAGAGAGACAGUUCCGAGUGACAUCCACCAGCAGGACAAAUGCACCUCAACACAUUGACAGGGGAGCGGCCUGUAGCUCUCAUGACGGUGUAGCCUACUUCACACCCUACAAUUCCCACUGGGUGUUCAAGUAUGAACUGGAGAGCAACAAGUGGACAAAACUUCCUCUGUGCCCACAGGCCAACUUUGGCAUGGUUGUAAUCAGUGGACUAUUGACUGCUAUUGGAGGGGAAGACAGGCCACCCGAGGCUACAGAAAAAGGGCCACAUACUAAUGCACUAGUUAGCCUCAGAGGGACCCAGUGGUUCAAGAAGUUACCGCCAAUGAACACA